GGGGACAGAAAGGGAGGAGGCUGGAGGGAGGGAGGUGGGCAAAUCCUCAGCCUGAAGUGAAGAGAAGGGGGAGAAAAAACUGCCCAUCUCCGUGGCAUGGCAACAAGUCCUGCCUCCCCUCCUGUGAAAGAGGAGGCAGGCUGGAGUUUUUUUUUUAUUUUUUUCUUCUCGGUUUUUGUUGGAAAGACAUGAGUGGGAGUUUUUUGAGAAGCGCAGGUAUCCGGCACAACCAGCCAACCCGUUCCCAAGGCGUAAACCAAACAGGAUUUCUACUUCUGAGGGAUUAUAAUCUGAAAAAAAUGACAGCGGCCAUGGAUGUGAUCAGAAAGUCGGAGGUGAGUGGGUGGGCACGAGACCAAGAUGACAGCCAACAAGAGUGCGAAGGCUGUGCCUCGUGCAGGAGGAGGUAAAACUCCACGGGACGCCCCUGAAAGGUGCCGGUCCACAUCCCCGUGUCCUGUUCUCUCAGCCAGUCAGGGUCAUCCGCCUGUCUUCAGCGACAGUGAGAACUCUGGGAAACAGAGUAAGUACGUCCGCACAGACGGCAGGUUCCUGGUACGUGCUGGCUGGAACAGCAAGACAGCGAGCCUGUGCAGCAGUGCAAGACUCAACAGUGAUGGUAACUCCCAGGGCCGUCUGACCAAGUCAAAGAGCGUCAGCUGCCUGGACAACAGGCUGUCCAUCUAUAAGCCCCAAGAUCAAACCAAGGAGAAACAGGGAAACCAGGAAGACAAAGAAAAACAGAGGGAUUUCGUAGUUGGAAGUGGACUUAACAGUCGGCCAGUGACCUGGAGCACACUUUCACUUGGACCGUCUUCUGUUCAAAGUCACAAACGUACCCGUUCAGUAACUGGUGUACCCCCCACCACAAUUCGUAAAAAGAUCUCAGAAUGGGAGUGCAGGAGAGUGGCUCUGCCUAGGAUGAGCUUGUGUCUGGAUAAACGUGGAGGAGAGUGUGUGGGGGGCAGCGAGGGCUGCCCAAGUCUGCUCUCGUCUCCCUGCAGCGAGAAAACUUUUGACUUUAAGGGAGUUCGCAGGAUGAGCACGGCAUUUUCUGAAUGCUCUUUCUCGGAGGCCGAAGAAGGAGUUACAGACAAGGACAACCUGGGUCGCUUCCAGAAAAGGAUUAGUAAAACAGAAUCUUCUGGAACUUACGUACGUUCCCUGACGGCUCGGAAGGAGAAGUCGGCUGUCCUGAACAGGAUACAGAAGAUAGAGCAGGCUCUGAAGGAGAAUCCCAGUACACCCCCUCCACGGUAUCUGAGUAACUGUUAUGCGCCAAACCAAACAAGAAAGAAAUCUUUUGUGAUAGGAGACGACUUGGACAGCACAUGCACCAGUAAGCGCAGUAGCAUUUGCUCAGUGGCCACGGAGCCAGAUGUUGGGCCAGUGUUGGAUAAACUUUCCAAACACAGACAGAGGUUAAGUGUGAGCUCGGCUAGGUCUGCCAGCCCAGAACCACCUGGUCAACAGGAGCCUGCUACUACACCUGUUAAUCCGUUACCUAAACCCAAACGCACUUUUGAGUAUGACGCCAAACGAGACCCGAAGGACAUAAUGCCGGCCAAUGGAAUAUCUCCUGACAGAGUCCUUGAGUCUCCACCACCACUGCCCUCUACCCCUGCUCCCAGUACAACAUGGACGGCAAAGACCACCACAGGCAGCACACCCACUAAAGUCCAGAACAGGGAGUCUGGUGAGUCGGAGGACGCGAGUUCUCCAUCUUCUCAUUUGUCCUCACCUACAGAAAAUGGCAGACUGACCACAGACACAAAGACCCGGCCCAGUUCCAAAAGCACUUUAGAGGAGAAUGCCUAUGAGGACAUUGUAGAGAAGGAGAACCCAUACGAGGAUGUAGAUCUGAGGCGGAAAAGUAUGGGCCGGAAGUACUGUAUGUCAGAAAGCAGCAGAUCUUGGACAGCCCCAGGCAUCAUCCUAAACUCUCCACCUCAGUUACCAUCUAAACCCAGCAGCCAGUCACUCCGCCUGGUUGGUCAGAGCGAUGGAAAGAGCCAUCGGUUGUCACAAAUAUCUAAACGCUACAGCCACGACGAACUGCUGCUUCAUCCUCAGCUGGGUGUAUCAUCAUCACCCUGUGGUCUGCUGGAUGACACCCUCUGUAGCACUAGUGACUCCCUGGGCACACACAGGCACUGGAAGAUUCCUAAGCUGGUUCAGAGGAUCAACUCCAUCUACUCCACCAAACGUGGGAAGAAGAGGCUGAAGAAACAGUCUAUGUCCAAUGUGGAGACUGCAUCACUGAGAGAUGACAACAGUGAGAGUGAGAGUGACUCUGACGACAGGUUCAAAGCUCACACGCAGCGGCUGUUGAAACUGCAGUCCAUCCUUCGACAAGCCCCCAGCUACCGCACACUGGAGCUGCAACUCAUCGAGUGGCAGGAGAGAGAGCUCUUUGAAUACUUUGUGGUUGUUUCGUUGAAGAAGAAACCCAGCAAAAACUCUUAUUCCCCUGAGGUCUCCUAUCAGUUCCCUAAGUUAGAGAGGCCCACCAAGCAGAUGAGGGAGGCAGAACAGAGGCUCAAAGCUAUUCCUCAGUUCUGCUUUCCAGAUGCCAAAGACUGGAGCCCUGUCUCUGAGUACAGCAGCGAGACCUUCUCCUUCAUGUUGACUGGGGAGGAUGGCAGCAGGAGGUUCGGGUACUGCAGACGCCUGCUGCCCACUGGAAAAGGACCUCGUCUUCCAGAGGUGUACUGUGUCAUCAGCAGACUGGGCUGCUUUGACUUGUUCUCUACAAUCCUAGAUGAGGUUGAGAGGAGAAGAGGCAUCUCAGCAGCUCUGGUCUACCCCUUCAUGAGGAGCCUGAUGGAGUCGCCCUUCCCAGCACCAGGGAAGAUUAUCAAAGUCAAGACCUUCCUGCCUGGAGCAGGAAAUGAGGUCAUUGAGCUGAGACGGCCCACUGACUCCAGGCUGGAGCAUGUGGAGUUUGACAGUCUGUUCAAAUGCCUUAGUGUACGCCAGGUGAUACGAGUGUUUGCAUCUCUGCUUCUGGAGCGAAGAGUCAUCUUUGUGGCUGAUAAACUCAGCACCUUGUCCAGCUGCAUGCAUGCAGUGGUGGCCUUACUGUACCCCUUCUCCUGGCAACACACCUUCAUCCCAGUGCUGCCAGGGUCGAUGUUGGACAUCGUCUGCUGUCCCACUCCAUUCCUGGUGGGACUGCUGUCCAGCUCUGUGCCCAAACUUAAAGAGUUACCCGUAGAAGAAGCUUUGAUGGUCGACCUUGGAACUGAUCGGUUCAUUCGACAGAUGGACGAUGAGGCAUCACUGUUGCCCAGGAAACUUCAAGCAGCCCUUGAGCAAGCGCUGGAGCAGAGGAAUGAUAUCAUCAACCAGGACUCCGACAGCGAAUCGGACGAAGAGUACAACUCCCUGAACAGCCUGGUGUCUGAGGCCUUCAUUCGCUUUUUCCUGGAAACCAUUGGACAUUAUUCCCUGUUUAUCACUCAGAAUGAGCGCGGGGAGCGAAUUUUCCAAAGGGAGGCCUUCCGCAAGUCUGUGGCAUCGAAAAGCAUCCGCCGUUUCCUUGGCGUCUUCAUGGAAUCUCAGAUGUUUGCAGGCUUCGUUCAGGAUCGAGAGCUGAGGAAAACCCGGGCUAAAGGUCUUUUUGAGCAGAGGGUGGAGCAAUAUCUGGAGGAGCUUCCAGACACGGAGCAGAGUGGAGUUAAUAAGUUUCUGAAAGGCCUUGGAAACAAAAUGAGGUUCCUCCACAAAAAGAGCUAAAGCAGUCCUCGCUCCUGUCUUUCGUCUCUCAUCGAGGUGAGGACGUGACGUCUCAACCGCAGCAUCGUGAUUCUCACCCUCUUCAAUGGAAAAGUGUACAUAAUCUUUAACUGUAAAUUGGCUGUGAUCGUCCUCAUCACGUGUGUAUAGCGUUGUGUGAGUUAGUGACAGCGGGUUCGGUACGUGACCAAUGAGCUGUAGAGAAACCACUGUGCCUGUGAGGAGUGUUACCAGGGUGUGUGAGUGUCUGUUAGUCAUGUGGGCAUCCAUUGUACAGUUCCUAUGUAUUCAUGUUUCUGUUUUUGUAUUUUCAACAAUUCACAACUGUGUUGUCGUCUGUUAGAGAAGUGUAAAACUUACAUCAAGCACCAAGACAAUGAAGAAAAUGAUUGUAACUCUUCAUAGAGUCUUUUGCAAUAUUUUAUUAAAAACUUUAAAAACA